AUGGUUUCAUCAAGACUAUUCACUGGCUUUAUUGCCCUCGCUUCUUUCCAUGCUGCCAAUGCUGGAGCAUGCCGUCCUAGAUCCAGCACUGCAAUUGUAUCUGGAACUGACACCACUCUCACGACCGCCGAGACCUCAUUCCAAACAUCUAUCGAGACUGAGACAUCUUCCGUUACUGCCCAAGAGACAAUCACCCUCGAAACCACCUUCUCGCUCACAUCUGCCGAGACAUCAGUUGAGACAUCUUUCGUAACAGAGGAUGAUCUGACUACCACUCUCGAGAGCACUCAAAAUCUCGACUUCACAACCGACAUCACCUCUUUCAUCACCCUCCCUGCUGAGACCACAACAAGCGAACUCCCUGCAACUACUUCCGGUUUCGUUCCUGCCGAUCUUUUCCCAUGCAUGUCGGCGGAGAGCUGCAGCGCUGUCGAGUUUUGCGAUCAAACCAGGUGUGGAUGCGUUGACGGCUUCUGCCAGCUUCUCGACAUCGAUAUUGAUGUUCCAAUCCGACGACGACGUCUUCAUUAA